GGCGGUCGGAGGAGCAUCCUGGCUGCGGUGUUUUUGUCUUGUGUCAGUGUGAGCGCACCCGGGGCCGAGGCGGCUGCAAGGAUUUACAAAUUAAAAACAAAACAAAACGGGGGACAGGUGCUGGUCUAAAAAAUACAAAAGGCCAAAGAAGGGAGGCAGUCGGACGAGACCAGCGACGAGCGCGCCCCCGUCGUUGCUGGUGAGCGUAAGCGGGUGACGAUCUGAUCGCGGCCUCCUGCCUAAAAUGGCUCAAGUGCUGCACAUGGACCCGGGCUUUCCAGGGAAGCUCAGCUCGCCAGCUGGCCCCCCCCUGCACGGCAAGGAGCAGGAGGCGCCCUACUCGGUGGAGACCCCCUACGGCUACCGUCUGGACCUGGACUUCCUCAAGUACGUCAACGACAUCGAGAAGGGAAACACCAUCAAGAAGGUGCCCGUCCAGCGCCGGCCGCGCUACGGCUCGCUGCCCCGCGGCGGCUACGGCUACGCCGGCUCCUGGUGGACCUCCACGGAGUCUCUGUGCUCCAACGCCAGCGUGGACAGUCGGCAGUCCAGCUUCUCCUACUGCGCUCCGGGCUACCACACCGCGCACCGGCCCAACUUCAGCACCGCCCGCGUGGAGAAGACCUUGCUGGAUGCGCGCCGAAAGCUGGAGGAGGAGAAAGAAGGAAGGAGGUUCUCCAACCUGGGCAGUAUGCACAGCAGCGUGGUCGGGUCCAACACCUCCAUCAGCAGCGCGCACAGCUUCAACCGGGCCCACGGAGGCGGAGGAUCCUUCACGCCCAUGAGCUCCGGCCUGUCCACCCCGGUGACGCCGACCCCGGCCCAUUUGCAGCACGUCCGGGAGCAGAUGGCCGCCGCCCUCAGGAAGAUCCGAGACCUGGAGGAGCAGGUCAAGACCAUCCCGGUGCUCCAGGUGAAGAUCUCCGUGCUGCAGGAGGAGAAGCGACAGCUUAGCGUCCAGCUGAAAAGCCAGAAGUUUCUGGGCUUCAACCGAGGUCGGAGCCGGGGGGAGCUCUACAUCGACAUCCCGGAAGAGGAGGCCGGCGCCGGAGCGAAGGGCGCCGACAAGACGUCGGGGCCCAUGUCUCCCGCCACGCCCGAAGGCUCCAAACAAGACUCGGGAUGCGAGAUCGAGGAGACGGUGAUCGUGGCCGGCGCCAGACCGGAUGCCAAACGGGAGCUGCGCACGAUCGGAGUUGGACCGGAGGGCCAGAAGAGCAGCCGGCAGGUUGGGGUGGGCGUACGGGAGGUCGAUCUGGGGCUGCUGCCGGAGGCCGAGGCUCUGAAGAACCAAGUGGUUCAUCUCGAGGCCCAGCUGAAAAAAAUGAUGGCGGAGCUCCACGCCGCGCAGCUGCAGGCGACGUCCGCCCAGAAGGACGAGGGUCCUCGGGCCGAGCGCCCCGUGAUGGCCACCACCGUGGGCUGGCAAGAGCUGCAGGACGGCAACCUGCAGACGGUGGUCAGCUUCGCGCGGCAGUCCCCGCGCACUGAACGCAGAACCGUCGGCAUCCAGGUGUACACGCUGGAACAGCCCACCGUGGUGGAGGUGGGCACUCUGCUCCGAGCGGUCAGCUGCAGCUCCCCCUCACCGCUCUUCGGGGGCCACCGCAGAGAAGCGGCGGACAGCUCCGCAGAAGUGCCAGCGGGCUUGCCAAUCGCAGUCAGCUCCAAGCAGGUGCGCGACGUCCUCAAGAGCGAGCUGUCCACCUCGGUGCCCGUGUCCAACUCCGCCGUCGCCGGCGGCGCCGCGGCCAAGCAGAUCGCCGCCGCGUGCUUCAAAGGGGACGAGACCCGCCCGGAAGCCGGCGCGGAGUCGGCCCAAGGCGGCCACGCCGAAGCCUCGUCUCCCCAAUCCUCUCUGAGGUCCAUCAUGAAGCGGAAAGCGGAGGGAGAACCCGGAUCGCCGUCCACCAAGAAGAACCUCCAGUUCAUCGGCGUCAAUGGCGGCUACGAGUCGACGUCGUCGGACGACAGCAGCAGCUCGGACGAGGAAAGCGACUCCAGCGAGUAUCACGAAGCCCGGGAAAAACUGCCCGAGUCCACGGCUGAGCACCAGCAACCCUCCCGGCCUCCAGAGGGCGACGCCGUACCUCAGCGCCCCGACUCGCCGCCCGCAACCUCGGACAAAGCUCGACUGUCACCAGCGACCGAGACCGCGGCUCCAGAAUGUUCCUCCGGGGCAUCUGGCGCCGGCCCGGCUCCCCCCCGCCCAGAAAACGGUUCCGCCUGCCAGGAGACUGUCAGCCCGGCAUCAGCCACCAGCACUGAAUCCAAGUCGCCCCUUACCUCCUCAGCCGGUCCGGACGUCGCCGGGCAACGAGCGGACGCCGCGGCCCCCUCGAGCCGGUCGGAAUCCGAGCCCGCGUCUUCGAGCGUCCCCGCUAAACAAGUCAGGUUAGAACUCAGCGACGGCCUGAUGUCGGCGCUUCACGACCUUCAAAAGGCCCUCGGAGAGCCCAACGCCUUCAGCCAGCAAGGAGCGAGGGAGGCGUACACCAGCGUGCUGCAGGAGUGGCUGCGCGUGUCCUGCCACAAGGCGGCGGACGCGGCGGCGGUCCGGGCCUACGUGGACGCCUUCGCCGCCGUCUCGCCUCAGCUGCUGGAGUUCGUCAUCAACAUGGCGGACGGCAACGGGAACACGGCGCUGCACUACACCGUCUCGCAUUCCAACUUCCCCGUGGUGAAACUGCUGCUCGACACCGGUCUGUGUAAUGCCGACAAGCAGAACAAGGCGGGCUACACGGCCAUCAUGCUGACCGCUUUGGCCGCCUUCCACUCGGACGGCGACCUGCAAGCGGUCCUGCAGCUGCUGCGGACCGGCGACGUCAAUGCAAAAGCCAGCCAGGCCGGCCAGACGGCGCUGAUGCUGGCGGUCAGCCACGGCCGAGGGGACAUGGUGCGAGCCCUCCUGUCCUGCGGGGCGCAGGUCAACGUCCGCGACGACGACGGCUCCACGGCGCUGAUGUGCGCCUGCGAGCACGGCCACGUGGACAUCGUGCGGCAGCUGCUGUCGGCGCCCGGCUGCGACGCCACCCUCGCCGAUAACGACGGCAGCACGGCGCUGUCCAUCGCGCUGGAGGCCAGCCAGAACGACAUCGCCGUGCUUCUCUACGCUCACCUCAACUUCGCGAAGCCUCCUUCCCCCGUUUCCCCCAAAUCUCCUCUGCUGGGCUCCCCCCCCCCCGCCGGCGAAACAAAAUGAAAAUCCUUCGUUUUCCGCAGUUAUUGGAGCGCACGCCGAUCGAGUGAAGGUCACGUGAGCCGCCGCAGCCGCGUUCCCGUUUUGUCGUGGCGUGACGCUGAAGUGUUUCGAGGAGCACCAUGUUACCAAUUCGUAGCCAUGUGGAAUCCCAAGAGCCACCACCCACCUCGUGUUUGCUCAGAAGUGUCCUUGCUCGGGUUUUCUCACCGCCGCAACUGUUUUAUCCGUAUUUAUACACCAAAUGUUCAGUAUUUUUGAUAAUUUUUCCCUUCCCCACGUCUGAUUUACCUCAGGAGCUCGACGGAUGACGAGUUUUCUUUUUUCCGCACCAGCCAACGGACGAAUACGUUUAAGAAGGUACUGCCGUGUUUUGCGUCGCCGUCCGCGUAAGUCGAACGCCCGCGAGGAACAAUUUUUUGAUGAAACCCGCGUUUGUAAUCGCGCGCGAAGGAAUCGAAACAGGAAGUGACUGACGAGGGUCCGCAAAGGAUGAAAUGAACUGUGUAAGUUAUAUGAAAAUAAUAUAUGCCCCCUUCAAGUGGUAGCUAUCGCGCCGAAAACCCCAAGCGCAUCGGCUGUUGAUGUCAACAUUUCUAAUAGUUUUUAAACCCACUAAACUUUCAUAUUCACUUUUUGUAAAGGUGUUAGUUUAAACAUCGACUUUUUUUUUUUUAAUACACGUAAGGUUUUUAGGCUCACGCAUAUUCGAUGUAACCGCACAGAUCUUAAUUCAACUUGUUUCUUAUGAAAGGGUUAUGUACAAUUUUUCGACUUUCUUCUAUCAUUUGUGCUUCUUUUUGGAAGAAUUAUGAAUAAACAAGGACCACACUG